GUUUUUAAUAAAUAAAACUUUUGAUAGAGAUGAGUAUACGUGAAAAUUCUAUAAAGAAAGGGAGUACUAUAUUAACUACCAAACCAUUCGCUUAUGUUCUUAGUUCAAAAUACAAAACUGAUCGAUGCGAUUAUUGUUUAAAAAGUGGGAAACUUCUAAAAUGCUCUGCUUGUCAGUGUGUUUAUUACUGCAAUCGAUCUUGUCAACAAAGUGCUUGGUCCGUACACAAUACAGAAUGUGCAAAUUUAAAAAGAGUUUCGCCAAAAGUUGUUCCAGACAUGGCACGACUUAUAGCUCGUAUAAUUAUAAAAUUAAAUCAAGGUGGAGGUGAAGAAGUAGGAUAUUACAGUGAAACAAAUUACAGAAAAUUUAAAGAUUUAAUGUCUCAUUAUUCUGAUAUAAAGAAGGAUGAGAAAAGAAUGGAACAUUUCAUGUGCUUAUGCGGGGUUUUAUUUGAAUUCCUUCGAGAUGUACCUAUGCCAAAUUCUGCAGAAUUAAUGGGCAUUUUUGGCAGAAUAUGCAUUAACUCGUUUAAUAUAAUUGAUUUGGAUAUGAAUAGCAUUGGUGUUGGUAUUUAUUUGGGACCUUCCAUCAUAGAUCAUAGUUGUGCACCAAAUGCUGUAUCUAUUUUUGAAGGAACUACUAUAAUUAUCAGAACAAUAGAAGAUCUUCCUUGUUUAGAUUGGUCUCAGAUAAGAAUAUCAUAUAUUGACAUAUUUAAGACAACAAAGGACCGGCGUGCAGAAUUGCAGAGUUCAUAUUAUUUUUGGUGUACUUGCAAAAAAUGUGAACAACCAGAUGUACUAGCAGAAGCUGCAGCAUGUCCAAACAAAUUUUGCACAUAUCCAUGUACUCCUGAUACAAAUAUGUGUCAAAAAUGUAAUACACAGUUCCCUGAAAAAUUUAAAGAAACCUUUGAAGAGGUAUCUGAGUUUAGUACACAUCAUUUACAAAACAUGAAGAAUAUGGCUUAUCUAGAUAUAAGCAAGAUGUGUCUGAAAAAGCAAGAAGGUAUUUUACAUUCUUUUAAUGUACAGCAUGUGCAAACUCUACAAAGUGCUUUUGACUCAGCUGUAAGUUUGCAGCAUUGGGAGGAAGCAGAAUCCUAUGCUAAAAGACUUAUUAAUGGCUACUUGAUCUAUUAUGGAGAAAUUCAUCCACUUACUGGAUUAUUGUAUCUUAUGACAGGAAAACUUCAAUUGCAUUUGGACAAAUCAAAACAAGCUGUAGAAUCACUAAAGAAAGCAAAAACGGUGCUAACAAUAACACAUGGAGAAAAGCACAUUUUCCUAAGAGAGAAUUUAAAACCUCUUCUUCAACAAGUCACAAUGAAAGAAUUUUAA